UCAGUGAUCAAACACGGGCAUUUUCAGCACAUCAAAAUAAACCAUCGUUUUCUUUAAGUGACUAGAAUCGUUAUGAGAAAACAUAAAUAUUUACAACUUCUUCUCAUAAUAACUUGUGUUAUAGUCAUUUAUAAUUUAUACCUCAGUAGAUCUAAUAUCAUAACACGUGAAGGUUGUAGUCAGGCAAUACAUAAUAGUCAAUAUAAAAUCGUCGAAGAAAGUUCACUUAAAGCAUUGCUUCGACUUUGUUCGAAUAAUUCAGUGAACCAGAAUAGCUUUUUAAGGGAAAAGAUGAAAACAUUUAUUUGCAAUCAAUCACCUGAAUUUCUGAAUACUUCGAGACCACUUGUCGCCCUUGCAAGCUACCCAGGAUCAGGAAACACAUGGACACGUCAGUUAAUAGAAACAGCAACAGGAUACUAUACGGGCAGUAUAUAUACUGAUUGGAAUUUUGUCGGGUCAAAGGAGUGUCCAAUGCGAAGAAAGAUAUUCAUUGUGAAAACGCAUUUAAAAAGUAACAGUUCAAUUGGUCAUCCCGACUGUGCAAAAAUGGCUAUUUCACAGCUUAAUUUCUCUAGUGCCAUAUGUAUUCUAAGAAAUCCUUAUAACGCUUUUGCUGCAGAAUUCAAUAGGCAACAUGGAGUAGUAGACAAAACUAAAGAUACACAUUUCAACGCCGGACAAGGUAUUGCACCUGAAGAAAUAUUUAGAACAACAACUUGGACAUCAUUUGUUUCAAGGGAGGCUUAUAGAUGGAAAGAUAUGGCACUUUAUUGGAUACAAAAUACGAAUAUACCGGCUUAUGUUCUUGUAUAUGAGAAACUGUUUGAAAACACAGUUCUUGAAACUUCUCACUUGAUGACGUUUCUAAACUUUUCAGUAACAUAUAACUCUUUGUACUGCUUGUCCAGUAAUAAGAAUAGAAGAUUUAAAAGAAUCAUACCAAAAUGGCUGACAAAUGAUUACAUUUACAAUAAUAAACUGAGGAGAAUUGUAAAUAAAGUUAUUGAUAUGGUGAAAAUAACCAUAGGCACUGAACGGAAAUUAACCGACGUUCUAAAUUCUUAUCAUUUACCAAUAGAUGAUAAAUCAUGACUUUAUAAGGCAAUUUGACUUCAAAUUAUGCAUGUAAAAGACAUUUCGUUAGGAAAACAUAUUUACAAGUCUGAAGGUGAAAGGGCAACAAUAAUAUAAAAAGUUAAAAAAUCAAAAAGAACUUUGCUUCCAUGUAAAUUAAGAAAUACGUAGCAUUUUUAAACCUUCUACCAAUUAAAUUUGUUUAAAUGAUUGCCAUGACGGUCAUUUUUUAUUUUGUUCUUCACAGUAUUAAUAAUAUAAAAAGUUAAAAAAUCAAAAAGAACUUUGCUUCCAUGUUAAUUAAGAAAUACGUAGCAUUUUUAAACCUUCUACCAAUUAAAUUUGUUUAAAUGAUUGCCAUGACGUUCAUUUUUUAUUUUGUUCUUCACAGUAUUAAAAUUUGAUACAGUUGGCUCUAUGAAGGUUAAAGGCUAAUAAAAGUAGGUUUUAAAAGAAUUAUAUUGGUAAUUUUAGAAAAUGAAAAACAUGUAUAUUAGAGGACACUUUUGCUGUAACCGUUUAUUUAAGUAAAUAUUACACAAUUAUCUAUAAAUAAACGUAAAUAAAGAAAUACGUAGCAUUUUUUAACCUUCUAUCAAUUAAAUUUGUUUAAAUGAUUGCCUUGACGGUCAUUUUUUAUUU